AUGACUUAUCAGAACUACGAAGGCUUCUAUCCUCCGGGGCUGCCGCCCAGGCAGCCCUUGGAGGCGCGCUCAUCCUCAGUCUCGUCAACCUCGUCAUCCGCAUCAUAUUCCGUACCAUAUGACGCCGCCGCCACCCACAAUGUCGGAAUCUCGCGGACUGUGUCGCCCGCAUCGGGGGUUUCCGACUUGGAAACGGACUCGGUUCUGUACUCGAGGAAUCAGUUCUCGACGCUUGCUCAAGAGCAUACGCCCACAUCUGGUGUUUCUGGAUCAGGGGAGGGCGGUGUGAUAUACUCAAGGAAUCAUUACCAGACACUUGGCCACGAACACCAGUCCCCAUUUCGAUCCCAUGCCACGCCGCUCCCGUCGCAACUUCUCCAGGCCCAGGCCACUUCUUCGCACCCAUUCUACUCGGCCUUUCAGGCCCCGAGACAGAUUCUGCCGCUGCCGCCAUACAGUGGCUACUCAGUCGGUGCUCUGCAUCCGCAAUCAACAUCGUUACACCAACAACCAACCUCCCUAGACCAUCAAUCACCGUCUCUAUACCGUCAGCCAUCGUCCCUACACCAUCAAACAUCGUCCCUACACCAUCAACCGUCCUCUCUCCAUUAUCAACCAUCGCCUCUGCACUAUGAAUCCUGGCCUCAGGAUUGUGCUCCCACACCUUACCAUUCUUUGCCAACUCCGCCCUCGCAUCAACUGCCGCCACAGAAUCAGCCUCGGGCAAAGUCAGCCACACUAGACGAGCCAGCGCCGCUCCUGAGAUUUCUGCAGCAACUAUCACCCGCCAUCAUCCUCCAGAUCCAAGAGGAGGUAACGUGGUUUCACUGUUGGAAGCUUUACCGGACCAACAGAUGGUUCCGGGUCAACUUCCACCCGGACAGGCUCCCCGACCACUUGAAAAUAGGCGGUCUGCUGAGCGCAGAGAAGAACGAGGGGCGCGAGGACCCCGAAGAGUCGGACACCCCCCGCACCACCAAGCCCCGCAAGAACUUUAACUUCUUCGGGUGCUACCACUGCUACCGGUUUAGGGGAUUUGAAUACUUUGAGUCUCAAAAAUACGGCGUGCUGGCGACCCAGGGAGAUGGCAGGGAUGGAGGAGCGGAAAGGGAGCAGUCGUACACGCCGCCACCCUCGAAGAGCUCGAGCUUAUCGCCUCCAGCCAACCCUCACUACGACCCCAGCCUGACCCGAAGCAGCCUCCGAGCCUCGGCAGCAGCCAAAGGGCGUCGAACAAGCACCUCACCGGCCGGCGACACCUUCUCGACUUCACACGCGCGCGCCAGAAAGACAUCAGAGCAACGGCGCUUCUGCGUCGACUGCGGCCUGAGGAAAGAGUUCUACAAGCCGCGCGAUGUCAUUGAUUUGCACCGGCCGCUGAACAAGGGGAACGCUCUCUGGGUUUGCGACUGUAGGAAACUGCGCCAUCGCUUGACCGAAGGCAAGUGCUACGACUGUGAUGCCACCGUUCCGUAUUCAAUACCGGUGGCGAGGUGA